CUUCUUACACUUGGACAUCGAUUUGAUAACCUUGUUCCCUACCUUUAUACUUCUUGAUUGCCCACGUUACUGAAUUAGCAACAAGUCCACAAAUUGCGCGAAUGCAUUCUACUCUCCCCUUCAGCUAAUUAUUAGCCUCAUGUCAUUCAAGCGAUCCCGUGCCACCUUCGAAGCCGACCUCCAAGCUCAGCAAUCGCCCUACGUCCUUUUCGGCACCCCCCUGCCACCUCUCGAUCCCGAAGUCCGCGACGACGGUUCCUACGUCCCGGUAUGGAAGCAGGAAGUGCGGGAUGAGCGCGGUCGAAAGCGUCUCCACGGCGCCUUCACAGGCGGCUGGAGCGCUGGGUACUUCAACACCGUUGGGUCAAAGGAAGGAUGGACACCCUCGACCUUUGUCUCCUCGCGCACGAAUCGCCGCAAGGAUGACGCGGCCCCUAAGCAGCAGCGGCCCGAGGACUUCAUGGACGAGGAGGAUCUAGCUGAUGCGGAAGAGGCGCAAAAACUACAGACGGCACAAGGGUUUGCCGGCCUAGGAGCUACGGAUGAGGAUGGCUUGAUGCGACGAGGCGGUGGGCUUGCCGAUCUAUUCCGAGUUCAAGGGGACACGAUGGGCGUCAAGCUUCUACGAAGGAUGGGUUGGAAGGACGGCCAAGGAAUCGGCCCUAAAGUCCGCCGAAAAGCUCGACUCGACGUUAGCAGCAAAACUGGCAGCUCUACUCAGGAAGGAGGAGAGACGUAUCUCUUUGCGCCAGAUGAUGUGGCUUUGAUUUCUUUCACGAGGAAGCUAGACCGCAAAGGAUUAGGCUACGAGGGAGAGGCUAGGUUAACACCGAUGAAGGCGGACACAAGAAUAGAAGCUGGCUCAAGCUCCGACGAAGACUCGCACAACGGACCCUUAAUACGUCCGGGCGCGCUUAAGAAAAAGAAACCGAGUAAAUUUGGGAAAGGUGGAAUCGGUAUUGGCGUAUUAAACGACACGGGAUCCGACGACGAAGAUCCAUACGAGAUCGGACCACGAAUAUCAUAUAAUAGAGUUAUAGGAGGAGACAAAAAGAAGAAGAAAGCAACGAAUAUAACAACAUCAGCCAACCCGGCGUUGCGCUCCGCACCCGUUUUCAUAUCCCGGAAGAACGCCCUCGCACAAGCAGGCAAGAACCUGCGAAAAUGCCACGACGGCCGCUUGCCCCUUGACGGCUUCGUCUUUGGCGUCGAGACGGACGACCUAUCAUCUACCAUCAACACCCAAGUCAACAAGUACCCGCCCCCCGAAAUACCACCAGGCUGGAAAUCCAGCAAGCAGCGCGAAUCCGACACGCCAGCAGCAGGCUACGUAUCCGCCGCCGACGCAGCCAAGGCAUCCAAACUAGACCCUAGAUCCCGCGCCGCCCUCCUAGGCGAGGCCCAACUCCCGGGUAAAUCCGUCUUCGACUUCCUAUCUUCCUCCGCGCGCGACCGCCUCGCCACCGCAACCGGAAAGACUAAUCUUCCUCCCGGCCUGGGCGAGAUCCCCGAGGGAUACGCUCUAAGCGAGGAAGAAAAGCGGCAGGAGCUCUUGCGCCAGAUCCCCGAGCUCGAUAAGAUGACUGCCGCGGCCGCAAUAGCUCGCGGCGCGAGCGGUGGUGCGGCACCGUACGCAGACGACGAGGCGAAGCGCGCGCGGUACAGGGCGUAUCUCGAAUGGGCCGCAGGGUUUAGCACGAACCCGCCCUCCCGACUCCCCAGCGUCAGCGUGGAAGAUUGGCUGCGCGAGCUGCACGAAUUCCGCAGCUGCGCGCUGAUUUUCAAGCCCAUGACAGGCGCCAUGGCCUCGCGGUUCACUACUUCUUCUUCUUCUUCGUCUACCUCAAAAUCAGCUACCGGCUCCUCCAGCACUGCCCCCUCCUCGGAUCGCGAUUUAUUGUCCGUGCCGCCGCAGAAACCGGUCGACCCCGCGGAGCAAGCUGCACGUCUGGGCAUGUACGGCUCUAUGACGAGGUCCGUGUGCGACUUCUACCCGACGAGGUUGCUGUGCAAGAGGUUUAAUGUGAAGCCCCCUGCGCACGUGCAGCCGGACCAGCAGUCGGAGUCGGAUAGGGGAGCAGGAGCAACAGCAGCAGCGUCGAAGAGCUCGUAUAGCGCUAGUGCGGGUAUUCCUGGGUUUACAACGGGUGCGAUGACGUUAGAUGAGCUAUUGCAGUCGGCGCAGACGCAGGCUAGUAGUAGCAAUGCCGAAUCACCAGCACCAGCACCAAAAGUAAUAGAGCCGCCGCCGCCGCCGCCGAAGAUAGAAGAAGCGGUGGUAAACGCCGAAGUUAACGACGCGGUAGAGGGCAAGCGGGCGCAGGACGAUGUGCUAAGGGCUAUAUUUGGGGAUAGUAGCGACGAGGAGGAUUAGACUAGACUAGACUGCCUGCCUAAAGGACGAAUCCUAGGUAUGAGAGAUAUGUAUGAUGGAAAUAGUUGGUACCUAGUUAUAAGGUAAUUACCUGUUAUACCCCGCGGAGAACGAUUCUAUACGAUACGAAGGUGAAGAAUAUUCACCGCAAAGCUCUAGGAGUGCCCGAUAAUGUUUAUCAUAUUACAACACUACAAUACGUACCUUAAGGGAAGACUAUAUAGAUGAUAAAAAUGGCUUUCCGAGUUAUAUUCGCUCGCUUUUCACGCCAUCGUUGCGGCUUUAGUUUAUGGAUUCUAUAGUUAGGGCUCUCUCGUUACAGAUUUAC